AUGGUUUUUAUGGCUACAAAGAUUUCCUCGAUAUUUGAAUUCACCAAUGUCAAGUGCACGUCUUUGGAUCCAAAAUUCGACAAGUUUGAAUAUUGCUAUUUAAAGUCGGUGAAUCGAAGCUACAAAUAUGUGUCCAUUAAAGUGAAUUUGCUUAAAACACCGGUUACGAAAGUCAAAGUUAUUGGUGUACUUUUCAAACGCUUUAAUGGCAACAGACCCUUUAUGUACAAUAUGUCAAUAGAUGCUUGCAGAUUUCUAAGAAACCCACAGGCCUAUCCGAUAGCAAAAUUCUUUUUUGAAUUCUUGAAAUAUCACUCAAAUAUUAACCAUUCGUGUCCCUUUGAUCAUCCCCUUAUUUUGGAUAAGCUACCAGCAAGUUUUGUCAACAAUCAAUUCACAAAGGAUUUACCUUUCCCGGGGGGAGAUUACCUUUUUGAAUCACAUUGGAUUGCCUACGAUGUUGAUAGGGCGGUGGUUAAGUUUUAUGGAACCCUAUCGUAA